AUGUUUUUGAGAAAAAGGGCUCCAGAAGUGAUUUUCACAAAUGCUGAUGAACAUUAUCAUCAGCAAGAAGAACAAAAUAUUUACCAAAUUCCAAAGGUUGUUUUCCCUAAUACUAACAAAUAUCAUCAUCAACAACAAAGUAGUUAUUCAGCUCCAAUUGUUAUUCCUAGUACUGAUGAACAACAAAAUAUUUAUCCUGCACCCUUUCUUCAAUUAAAUCAAUUUCCAAAUCAACACCAGCAACAGCAUGUUUUUGAACAUAAAAAUAUUUGUUUAAAAAAUAAAGAAAAUAAAGAUAGUCAAUGGAGUGACAGAGAAGUAGAAAUUUUAAUUGCCUAUCUGGAUGAAAAUUAUAAGAAUUGGUCCUCUGGUAAUAAAAACAAAUUUUAUCAAGCUUUGAUUGAUAAAAAUUUAUUGGCUGGUAAAAAUAAUGAGCAAAUAAAAAAUAAGUUGAAUAAAUUACGUAAUUCAUAUUUAAAAGAAAAAAAAUCAACUAAUAAGACUGGAUCAGCACCAACUAAAUGGAAAUGGUUUGACAAAUUAGACAAAAUAUUUGGUACAAGAGAGAAUGUAACUCUUUCAGAUUUAAUGGUUUCGAUGAAUCAAUCUAAAGAUAACUUCCUUGUUAAAAAAAUUGAAUUGCAAGAGAAGGAAAUUGAUUCCAAAAUACAAUUGGAAAAGUACAAAAUUGAUAAAGAGAUGGAAUUAAGAAAAUUAGAAUUAGAAAUUCAAAGAGAAAAAUUGGAGAAUUAG